GUCAUUGGGUUGUGUUUGCGUGCAUCUAUCAACAAAAAAAAAAAACUAAAUUCCAACGGUUCCCGCUCUUAAAUAAUUUCAGAUUUUAACAAUAAAUACUGAUUGAAAAAGUAUUGCGAUGUGAUUUAAUGAAUCUAUCGAUGUGUUUAACGUAGUAAAAAUGUAUAUCAAGUCUAUUGUGUUGGACGGUUUCAAAUCAUAUGGUAACCGAGUCGAAGUCACCGGUUUCGACUCUGAAUUUAAUGCUAUUACUGGCCUGAACGGUACUGGGAAGUCGAAUAUAUUGGAUUCAAUAUGUUUUGUGCUGGGGAUAACGAAUUUGUCAAACGUAAGAGCUGGAAGCCUUCAAGAGUUGAUUUACAAGCAUGGCCAGGCAGGAAUCACCAAGGCCACAGUCAGCAUCACAUUUGACAAUAGGGAUAAGAAACAAUGUCCUAUUGGCUAUGAAAAUCAUGAUGAAAUAACUGUGACUAGACAGGUUGUGAUGGGAGGCAAGAACAAGUACCUGAUAAAUGGUAUAAAUGUCCAGAACAAGAGAGUGAGUGACUUGUUCUGUUCGGUGCAGCUCAAUGUGAACAACCCUCAUUUCCUCAUCAUGCAGGGUCGGAUCACCAAAGUCCUCAAUAUGAAACCACCCGAGAUUCUGUCAAUGGUAGAGGAAGCGGCCGGCACUAGAAUGUAUGAGGCUAAGAAGCAGGCAGCACAGAAAACUAUAGAGAAGAAAGAUGCCAAGUUACGGGAGCUCAAUGAUAUCAUUAUAGAGGACAUUGCUCCAAAACUUCAGAAGCUGCAGGAUGAACGAUCUCAGUUCCAGGAGUACCAAAAGGUUGUUAGAGAACUGGAGAAUCUCACUAGAUUAUAUGUUGCUUGGAAAUAUGUAACAGCAGAGGAGAGUACAAAGAAAGCUGAAGCCAAGGUCACAGAAGUGCAGGAUGAUAUUAAAACUAAGAAGGAGACCAUAAAGAACAAUGAGAAAGAGGCAAAGGAUCUUGACAAGAAAGUUGCAGAAAUGAACAAGAAAUUGGAUGAGGAGAGCGGCAGCCGGCUGGCGCAGCUGGAGGCGGAGCUGGUAGAGCGCGAGCGCGGCGAGGCGGCGCUGGGCGCGGCGUGGCGCGGCGCGCGCGACGCGGCGGCGGCGGCGGCGCGGCGCGCGCGCCUGCUGCAGCGCACGCUGGCCGACGACCGCGCCGCGCUGCGGGCCAAGCGGGACGUGCUGCGCCAGGUGUCGUCGACGUUCGAGAGGCUGCGGGCGGCGAGCGAGGGCGGCGAGGCGGCGCUGGCGGCGGCGCAGGCGCGCUUCCUGGCCGUCAGCUCGGGCCUCGAGGGCGCCUCCGAGUCGCUGCAGGACCAGCUCAUCGCGGCGAAAGCGGAAGCGUCAGAGGCAUCGACGCGGAUCUCGCAGAGCAUGAUGGAGAAGAAGCACGCGGAGGAGCGUCUGAAGACGCUGGAGCGCGAGUUCAAGUCCAGCAGCGCACAGUACCAGCGCGACCAGGACAGCAUCGGCAGGCAUCAGGCGCAAGUGGAACAGCUGCAGUUGGAGCUGUCCCGCAUACAGUUCAGUCCAGAGCGUAGAACCGAGCUACAGCAGCAGCAGCGCACUCUAGCGGCCAGUGUGCGGUCCCGGCGAGAGGCUACCGAGUCGCUAAGCGCUCGGCUGCAGCGCUGCCACUUCAACUACACGCCGCCGCAGCCCGGGUUCGAUUCCCGUCGCGUAUUAGGUACAAUAUGUAAGCUGAUAGAAGUGCGCGACCCUGUUUAUUGCACCGCUUUAGAAACGGCGGCCGGCGGUCGGUUAUACAAUGUGGUGGUGGAUACAGAGGUGACGAGCAAGCUGCUGCUGCAGCGCGGCAACCUGCAGACCCGCACCACCAUCAUCCCGCUCAACAAGAUCUCCGCGAACGUCAUCGACGCCGCCACGCUGCGGCUCGCGCAGCAGAUCGGCGGCGGACCCGAGAACGUUCAGUUGGCGCUGGACCUGGUGUCGUACCCGGCCGAGGCGCACAACGCCGUGGCGUGGGUGCUGGGCAACACGCUGGUGUGCCGCGACUUGGAGACGGCGCGCCGCGUCACCUUCCACGCCGGCGUGCGGCGCCGCGCCGUCACCCUGGACGGUGACGUCACCGACCCCGCCGGCACGCUGUCUGGCGGCGCUCGUCUGCAGGGUGGGUCAGUGCUGCUGCAGCUGCAAGAGCUGAAGCAACAAGAGCAGCAGCUGCAAGAGAUGGAGGAGCAGCUGUCACGCUGUACCGCGGAGCUGAACUCGAUGCAACACGCCGCUGAGAAGUACUCCACUGUGCAACAGAAGCACGAGAUGAUGUCGCACGAGCUGGAGGUGAUCAAGGCGCGGCUGGCCACCACCGAGCAUGCGCAGACGCACGCCGAGAUCGAGACGCUGCGCGCUCAGGUGAAGGAGCUGACGGCGGCAGUGGAGCGCGACAAGGAGACGCAGAAGGAGACGGCGGCGCGCGCGCGGGAACUCGAGCUCAAGGUCAAGGACAUCAAGGGCCACCGCGAGAGGGAAUUCAAAAAGGCGGAAGAGGCUCUAAAGAAAGCGAAGAAGGACGCGGAACAGCACAGCAGCUCGUGGAAGCAACGCGAGCAGGAGUUCGAGACGCUGCGGCUCGAAGUUUCGGAGCUGGAGACAGCGGUCGCCAGCAGCGAACAGUCCCUCAACGAGACCGAGGAAUCGGCUGCGACGCUACAGAACGCGCUGCAGGAAGCGAAGGACGAACAUGAGAAAGCUAUGGAAGCAGUGAAGGAAAUGCAAGCAAAUAUCAAGAAGCAGAAGGCGGAGAUAGCGGGCCGCAACAGUGACAUUUCGCGGCUGCUACAGCAGAAGGAGCGGCUGGCGGCCACCAGCAGCGACCUGCAGCUCGCUAUCAAGGAGCUCGACUACAAGAUCAAGGAGUUGCAGACCGAGGCCGCCGACUGCGAGAAGAGGAUGAAGGCGCUGGAGAACGAGAAUCCAUGGAUAGCGAGUGAGCGGCAGUACUUCGGCGCGGCGGGCGGGCUGUACGACUUCGGUGGUCGAGGCGCGUCCGUGGCGGCGCAGCGGCUGCAGCAGCUGCAGGCGCGCCGCGACAAGCUGGCGCGCGGCCUCAACGCGCGCGCGCACACGCUGCUCGGCAAGGAGGAGGAACAGUACCAGGACGUUAUGCGCAAGAAGAAGAUCGUGGAGGCGGACCGCGCGAAGCUGGUGCAGGUGAUGGCGGAACUGGACGAGAAGAAGCGGCGCACGCUGGUGACCGCCUGCGAACAGGUCAACCGCGAUUUCGGCUCCAUCUUCAGCGCUCUGCUUCCUGGCGCGCAAGCCUGUCUGCGGCCCCCGCAAGGCCAGUCCGUGCUCGACGGACUCGAGGUGAAGGUGGGCUUCAACAACACGUGGAAGGAGUCGUUGGGCGAGCUGUCAGGUGGACAACGGUCGCUGGUGGCACUGUCGCUGGUGCUGGCCAUGCUGCUGUUCAAGCCGGCGCCGCUCUACAUCCUUGAUGAAGUGGACGCCGCGCUCGACCUGUCGCACACACAGAACAUCGGACAGAUGCUCAAAGAGCACUUCAAGCACUCACAGUUCAUAAUAGUGUCGUUAAAAGACGGCAUGUUCAAUAACGCGAACGUGCUGUUCCGGACCAAGUUCGUGGACGGCAUGUCGUCCGUACAGCGCACCGUCAACACGCGCCGAUGAUACUCGGCCGCACAACACUGCCUGCCACGGAAUAUUGGACCUUAUGGCCUGUGCGCACGAGGGGUAAUGGGAUAAUUUGUGACGUGAAAUAGAUGUAGUGACAGACCUUAGGUGAAUGGACGAACACCGUUGAACAUUUUGUACAGUAACAUAAAUACAGGUUCAUAACACAGUGGUGUUACUUUUUAACAAGUAAAACAAUUUGGUGGUUUUUUUUUUAUUAUUAUUUCACAAUUCCGUCAGUUGUAAACCGCUUUGGAUUUUUUUAUUUUAUCUAAUAUGAUACACUUACAGACUGGGUUCCAUGGAAAUUUUUCCCAAAUGGGUUUAGUGAAAUUUUUCCAAAAUGGGUUUAGUACUUUAUUUUUUAAUCAAAAUAACUUAAUUUUACCACUAUUGAUGUUGUUUUUUUUUUAUGGAACAAUGGCUUAUUGCCGUCAAAUAGUGGUGUUGUUAAAAACUUGUCCAGGGGCUUCAAGUCUAGUAGAACAAUGCUGGUCCUGAAUGGAAGUUACCUUAUAUUUGACGUCCACUUCAUCUCCAUUGGACAAUAAUAAUAAGUGUCACAGAAUCACAGCAAUCGCCAGGUCUCGCUAGGAUACCCUGUUUUGUGAGGAACCAGGCUACGAACUUCUGGAGGCACGAUCCAGAACACCUAGGCUCGAAUAAAUUCAGAAGUGUUUGCUUCCUAAAUUAUCCUAAAUGAUAUUUGAUAGAAAUUGUGUCAAAUCUUUGCCUUGUAUAUUGUGUGUUGGAGUGUUCAACUAUCGUGGAUGUCAAUGACACGAUUCUAUUGCAUUGUAUUUAAAAUAGAAUAGAAACAUUUAUUGUCAGUAAACAUACAACUUUUAAAAUAACACAAUCUACAUGAAAAGGUUUUGCUGGAAGAAAUCUCUUAUUAGAGAUAAGCUGGCCUUGGUACAUUAUGUUUCAAAUGAAUUGUGAUUAACAGUAUGUUUUGUGUACAAUAAAGAAUAAAGAAAGAAAGAAUACAAGUGUCCCAUACUUGGCAGUAGGAAUCAACUCAGCUGAUGCUGUGAGUGUCCCAGCUCCCAGCGCAAUGUGAACAGCUGCACAGCGCUGGUUUUCAGCCAGUCUCUCUCUUAACAAAACAUAACCAAAGUGCCAGGUACCACUGUAAAUUGCUUCUUACAAGAAUUAUUUCUCAAAUAUACUAAUUAAAGAAAAAGGAAAGAAGUUUUUGUGCCUAUAUUUGACACAUACAUUGAUAUUGAAGGAAUUGUUAUCAUAUCAGAAAUAAUCUCUAUGGGAAUUAGAAUUAAGCAUAUAAUUCUUUAAGUUUUGUCAAAGGACAUUAAUAUUUGUUUUAUUACUGAUGUUGGAAAAUGAUCGUUCAUGUUCAGGGGUGGCCGAGUUGACUAGACCCAAGAUCUGCUGUUUACUGACGAAACCCAUCAUGCCAUCUACGAAUUACAUACUUCGUGAAAUCUCAAAUGAAACAACAUAGUUCAGUACAUAACAAAAUCGUAGUGAGUGGCAAGAGCUCCACCGACAAGAGCGCAGCUCUUAAAUGGGAUAGAUAGAUAGAUUCAUUGAACAUUUUUUUAUAGUACAGAUAUGAUAAACAUGCUAACACAAAUUGGGAAUUGUUACCUAUAAACAUAAGCAUUACAACACAUACGCAUCAUGUAAUUCGUUGAUCUAAUAAUCGAUUAUCGAUUGAUCGAUAGUGUUCACUUCUAAAUAUGGAUUCGUUUAUUUGAUUGUUCAAAUCGAUUUGAAACAUACAUUUUUUGAUUGGUGAUCAAUGGUAAACAAUGAUACGGUUUAUGUCGGUUAAUCCCUCGAGCGUUUAUGCAUCAUACGUUGCGCUGUACCGAACAAAAUGUGGUACCGGCUAAUGCAGCAAUGUCUGUUGCAUAACUCGAAUUUGCAGCGUCAUUUUCAUUAAAUUUAUAAUUAGGCUUUUCUAAUCGAAAUUUAGUAAUUCCAAAAAUCGGUGACGCUGUAGGUGUAGCGAGCUAGCCUAAAGUCGAUCGCUCCACGGGUUAAUCGAUGGUACCGUAAUUAUAAUCGAUUAUAUCGUAUUCUCGGUUUAGCAACGUUUGUAUAUGUUUGGUAUGUGUUGGGAUUAUUCUUUUGAUGUUUUUUUCUUUCGAUAUAGUCAUAAUACUAACGCAUGUUAAGUCGAACUCGUCUUCUAAGCUCGGUGCACUGUUGUAUAAAUUACUUCAGUAAAUAUUAUAUUUUUAUAUAUACAA